GGUAUGGAGCAAGAUCUCAAGACUGACCCUCCGUGUCAUCCUCGCGCAUGUGCAAUCCAAGGUAUGAGGUCGAGGCUGAUCUCUCGCUCAGACAGCGUUAUUCACAUCGCGGCAGAUUGCAUACAAAAGAAUGGCUACGAUGAAAGCAAAUGCCAGAAGCAGGUGCGUAGCCAAAUUUCGAUACAUGCACAUCACAACGAUAUUGAUCGUACACAGAUUGAUGCUUUGUACGAGUGUUGCAAUGCCUUCUACGAGAAGAAUGGCGAUAGCGCAUCAACCGUGAGUUGCCCAAAGGCUGGUCUCUUGAGACUGAAGAUGAGACAACGCGCGCAGGACAUCCAGUAG